AUGGAUCAAGUUGAUCCCCGUCUAUGGAGAGAGUUCAACCGAGGAAGAGAGAUGGCACAUUUCAAACGCCAAUUAGCAGCUGCCAUGGAGUCCAACGACAACGACAACAACCCCACGCCUGUCGAUCUCGAUGAGCACAAGUUGGCACAGCUUGAACGCGAUCCAUACGGCGUCAUGAAUCCCGAACAUAUCGGUCGCGAUGCCAACUUCAAUAUCCUGAGCGCCUUGCCACCCGCCGAUACCGAUGCUUCAGAGUUCGUCGAAUAUGGUAGCGCAAAUGAUGAUGCCGGCAGCCGCGAGACACCAAUAGUCGUUGACGAUGACGCUGCUUCUGCGGCCAGCUCUGAAACUCUUCGCGCAGACAGUCCGUCCCCAUCUCCAUACAACGAUAGCGACGACGCAGGCGAUGCCCACAGAUCCGACGAACUCAGUCAAUUGGGAGUUGAACAUCUGGACGAUGAGGUCGACGAUGAUGAUAUUGGAGACGAUGAGAGUAUCUACAGUGAUGACAGCGAUGGCGACAGCAAUGCGGUCGACAACAUGCUCCGCGAAAACGGCGAAAUCUAUGGCUGCGACACUGACAGUCUUAUCGGCGACAUCAACGGUGACAGCGAGACCGACAGCCUUAGUAAUGAAGUCUCUUACCUGCUUCUUGAAAAGGUCAAAACUCUUGUGGAACAAUUCGACAGAGUGAGCGAAACCAUGGAUAUUGUUGAAACCAAUCUCGUGGCCUUGGAGGAUCACCUACAACGUGGCGCUAGCCUGCACGAUAUUUCGUACCUGCUCGAAUCCUUCAUCAGACUGCGCGAUAUGGUCGGCGAAAUGGAGUCAAAAGUAUCUCACCUGGGUGAUGAAGCUGUUCUCCUGAGCGUAAACCCUCAUGUCGGAGAUAUCGCCGCUGAAAAGGUCAACGACGGACUUGGAAACAUGUUAUUCAUGGGAUGGAGGCUUGGAGCACGUCACAGGAUUCAGAAUCUCGAAUGUGGUAUUCGUGACCUUGUCGAGCAACAACUCACUCCAGCCGCUGACCUUCGAAAUGCACGAGGUGAACAACACGGUACCUACCCUCAACCACCCUUCCGCGCUGGGACAUCAAUUAACGCCAGGAACUCUUUGGCACCGAUAUCGACUGCGGAUGCUGAACUUCGCUACUCGCCACACAAUCCGGAUUACCUACCGUCCACUGGUCCAAGUAACAAUUGCCCCCUGUCACCAGCUCCUUUCGGAUCUUCAGAAGAUCUUUGUGAACCAUCGGUACUGGAGUCCUAUCAAGCCGGCAACUCUUCAGGCUCCAAUGCACACUCACAGCGACACCAAUCACCUUAUGACCACCGACAUCAAACUCCUAGUGGUAGGGGUCAGAUGCAUGGAAGUCAGACUCGCGAAGGUUUAGUCCACGCCGGUCAAUCGCGUGGAAACCCUUACCCUUCCACGCCUCGCAGAAGAACUUACCAUUCGGUGCAUCCUGGGUUCUUGCGACGACUACGACCAGCACCUAUCCGCCCACAGCCCCAAGUCCCCGCGGCAAGAGGCCAAACGUGUGAUGUGAGCAGUGCAAGCUUGCACCCUGAAAAUUCACGGUACGCAUAUAGCUGUCGCAAUGCAUUGUACUUCUGGCAACGGCACUGCCGUCCACAAGAACGCAACGAUCGACACACACUCGCUGGGCACUAG